AUGCCCGUAGCGGAACAACCCGAACCGGUCGUUGAAAAAGAGAUCAUCGCUGUCUCACCUGCAGAAGGCGACCCAGCAGCGUCAUAUAGUAGAUUUGCCUACUCGCAACGCCUCAUUAUAUUCUUCGUUGCAAGCAUUACAGGUCUCCUAAGUCCACUUAGCUCAUCUGUUUAUGUUCCUGCGAUACCUGAAAUAUCAAAGGACCUCAAUGUCUCCGUUUCAGCAAUCAACUACACUAUCACGUCGUAUCUACUAUUUCAGGCGGUCACUCCAAUUAUAUGGGCCUCUAUCGGAGAUAGUCUAGGCCGGCGACGAUUAUAUUUGAUGAUCUUGUCAAUUUACGUGGGAUCAUGUAUUGGUCUCAAAUUGAGCAAUAAUUACACGGCUGUGCUUAUUUUACGAGCGCUACAAUCGACUGGCUCUGCAUCAACCAGCGCCCUCGGCGCAGGGAUGAUCAGUGAUCUUAUUCAUGUCAGCAAACGGGGUGGCUUCAUGGGUACAUACAGUGCCCUUGCAGGCUUUGGGACAGCAUUCGGUCCAGUUAUAGGUGGUAUUAUGGCUCAGUAUACCGGGUGGCACAAUAUCUUCCUUUUUCUACUUGCAUUGUCAGCUACCAUGCUACUUAUUAUUUUGCUCUUCAUCCCCGAAACCCAUCGAUCCCAUGUAGAAGACGGCAGCGUUCUUCUUCCACGUUAUCUCCGACCACCCCUUCCUUUCCUUGAACCAUCCGGCAUGCGAAAGGACCACCCUUUGCAGAAGCCGAAGUUCAAAAUUGAUAUUAUCGGGCCAUUCCUUAUCAUGAAGGAACUUGAUGUUAUGUGCUGUAUCUUGUACCCUGGCAUUUGCUAUACUGUUUGGCAAAUGAGCAUUGUCGCUGCAUCUACCAUUUACGCUCGUGACUAUGGACUCAGCGAGCUUCAUAUUGGUCUCACUUAUAUUGCAAAUGGUAUUGGAUCCUUAUGCGGUUCCUUGCUGGUUGGAAAGAUGCUUGAUAUCGACUACCAGAAGCAACUUCGGAGAGAGUCCGAGGGGGUCAAGGCACCCCCAAAAGAAGUGAGAAAGAUUGAGCAUGCUCGCAUUCGUGCAGUUCGAAUUCCUAUCAUUAUUUUUAUUGCUACUACCAUUGCAUUUGGAUGGACCGUUCGAUACCAUGUCCACAUCGCAGCACCAAUUACUUUAUCAUUCUUCGUCGGUGGAUUCGAUACUUGCAUUCUUGCUGCAUUCUCAACUCUCGUCGUGGAUCUGUUUGAAAAGAAAUCCUUCGGUGCAACGGCGAGUAUGAACCUGGCGCGUUGUCUCCUCGCUACAGCCGGGACAUCGGCCAUUGAGCCUAUGAUCCAAGCAGUUGGUACCGGAUGGGCGUUCACUAUCCUUGGUCUUAUCUGCUUAGUGACCUCUCCGUUAGUAUUAGCUGAAUACCGAUUCGGCACUGAAUGGCGCGAUAAGAGGAAAGCAAAACUCCAAGCAAGACAAGAACGAUCAUGA